AUGGACUACGUCCAACAACGAAUGAAUGAAGAGGCGGCCAAGGGACCAGCCAGUGACUCCCUCUUCACGCCCCUCAACUUCAUCCUCGUCUCCGCCGUCGUCUACGCCGUCUACACGCUCUUCCGCGCCCCCGCCAAGCACGACAUCCCCAAGCCCCCUGCCGCCAUCGUCUUCCGCACCUACACCCCGCGCACACUGCUACCCUUCGAUGGCCAAGACGGCAGCCCCGUCUACAUGGCCGUCCGCGGUCGCGUCUUUGACGUGUCGUCCGGCCGCAACUUUUACGGCCCCGGCGGGCCCUAUGCCAACUUUGCGGGCCGCGACGCCAGCCGCGGCCUUGCCAGCCACAGCUUCGACGAGGACAUGCUGACAAAGGAUCUCGACGGCCCCUUGGAUCCCUUACAGGACCUGGAUGCCGAGCAGAUUGAGGCCCUCGAGGGCUGGGAGGCCCGGUUCAGCGAAAAAUAUGAGGUAGUCGGCCGUUUGGUGUCCGUGACCGACUUUGACGCGGGUAAAUAA